UUACUGUGUUAACGUCACCAGAAGCAAACAAAAUGAAGCUGUUUCCUCUAUUCUUGGCAAUGGCCAUCUUUGUCAUUACUCUCGUGCACUCAGCCCCAGCACCCGGAGAUACGGAGUGUGAAUUCAAUUGUGAUUUGCAGGACUAUAAGCCCGUGUGCGGCACAGAUGAUAGUGGAGAUACCAAAACCUUUAAUAAUAUGUGCAUAAUCAAGACAGAGAAUUGUUUGCGAAAGACCUCAUACCAAAAAACUGGCGAUGGAGAUUGUCCAUAAAAAGUGAUGUCGACCCUGG